UUUGCUAACGAGCUUUUUAGCAUAGUGAGACGAAUAGUUUUUCUUCUAAUAACAAAUCUUAUAAACUAUUUUCGGUAUUUUUUAAAGUUAUCAUUUGGAAACUAAUUUCUAAAUAUGCCAAACCCGCAUCCAUUAGAAGCAGUUGCGUUCGGAGUUGGUGCUGGCCUCCUAUAUUGGUGGUUUAGGAGCGGCUCCAACGAGCAAACAACAGAACUGCACCACACACACUACAACUUUGUAAUAAACAACUAUAAGGAAUGUGAGGACGCCGUGAAGAUUUUACGAAAGCACUGCGAAGAAAAUCCAGUAUUAGGCUUUGACUGCGAGUGGGAGUGGCGAUCGAAGGGAGUAGAUAUUUUGCAGUUGUGCACUCACAAGAGAUAUUGCGCAGUAAUUCGUUUGUGUGCAAUGGACACUUUUCCACCAUCACUUUGCGACUUACUGAAUGAUUCUCAUGUAGUUAAAGUUGGCGUCGAUGCACUUGAAGACGCUGGGCGGCUUUCAAGGAAUUUGAACCUAACGACUGUUUCUACAUUAGAUUUGCGUUUUGUUGCCGUUCUUACUGGUGAAGAACCGGGCAGUUUGGCUGCUAUGCAUGAGAGGGUGGUAGGCGUUCCUCUAGAUAAGUGUUUGGAUGUGUCUGAAUCUAAUUGGCGAGCGAAUAAUCUGACACAAGAACAAAUUAACUAUGCUGCUGGUGAUGCCAUCGCUGGUAUAAACAUAUAUAAAAUUCUAGCUCAAAAAGUGUCGGAUGUAAGCGUUUUCGAACAGUAUUACGAUCAGAAAUAUGAUCCGUAUUAUCACGAUAAAUUAAAUCCCAUUGCAACAAACACAUGACCACUGCAGUGAAGUUAAUAUACAUACAUAUGUACAUCUGUUUAAUAUAAUGAUCGGUUUUGGUAUGUAUGUAUAUACGUGUAUCUAUGGCUAAAGAUUAAAUAUAUAUCAAGGCGAAUUUAUAUU